AUGGGGUCUUCAUACCCACAAGUCAAAGGCAAGAACAGAAAGGUGACAGAAGAAAGAAGAGACACGAAAGUCACCACUGGAAAUGUUCAGGAAGCAAACACGCCCCCUCAGACCCUUUCACACACGGUGGCUGUGGAGCCAUCUAUGAAAAAUGGCCCUCUGGUCACCCUCUGCCUGGAACCAGACCGCACAGCUCAGGUGGAGUCUGGCUCUCAACCCCCUGGGCAGGUGGUCAGUACAACUAGGAGCAUGUCCAAGGUCACAGAGUGCCAGGAGGUGGCGCUGGUCACUCCCAGCUCUGGGCAUUUAAGUUGCUGGGCCCACGCACGGCGCCCUCCUCCCCCACGGGCGGCAGGCGAUGGAGGCGGGCAGGUGUCCCGAGACCCUGGCCGUCCGCCUGAGCCACCGCUAGGCGUCCAGAGGGCGCCAGGAGGCCGGCAGGAGGAAGGACGGGGCGGGCACAGGCCCGGGGGGCGGGGCUGCGGGCGGCCCCUGAACUCUGCGCGGCCCGAGCGUCUCCUAGGUGUAGGCAGCGCCCCCAGCGCGGUGGGCGCGUAUCCGUGGUCGACGGUCUCCGGGCCCACUUCCCGGGAGAUGCGGCUGAAGACCGGAAGGAUGGCGCUACUUCUCUUCAACACGUCUAAGGAUCCCUGUUUGCAUCAGUUUGUGGUAGCGAGAAGCUGGAGGAAACCAUGGCUGAGGAAAGAGUAAGUAAAAUGAGACAAGGGCACCCAAAAACCUGUUAUCUAGGAUGAAGAAGCAGUAAUCAUACAGCACCUGUGUACAUCUUGAAAGUGAUAUUAUUGAGUGGAAACUAAUAGGGAGAACCUGAUUUAUAGGUCUAUAUAAUUUAUAUAAUUUAUAUAAAGUAAGACUGUAUAUUUGUAGGAGUAGGAAAGGAGG